ACAUUUGUACUGACGAAAAGUGAAAAUAAAACAAAAAAGCUUUUCAGAUCAGACAAAACAAAAAAACUUGGUAAAAGGAAAUGAAAAAGUCAGCUGACCAAGCAGCAACAAACCAUUUAGAAUGACUCCCAAAAAUAUCGACGACCCUGUGGACGCCAAUUCCUCCACGAAGGCAGACGAGUCUGAUCUGCAAGAAGUAGAGGAUGUUAACGAGAGCCUCGAUGAGUUGACUCGAGCUUUGGACUUUUUUGAACAACGAACUGACGACAUCAUUGCACAGCUUAAGGUAUUGCUCGAUUCUAAUCGAGAGAUUCGACAGCAAAUAGCCCAAGAUAAAGAAAAAGAUACUAUAGCGGCUUUGGCAGCUGUUAAUCUCAUUAAUAAAGCUGAGAAUGUCAUUGCAGACGAGAAAACCAAUACCGCAGACUAAGAGUCCCUGAAUCAACUGACGAAUGAAAUGUUAUACAUACAAAAGUAUUAGAGGCGUGAAAUCCUUGCUUAUAUUUUUUUGCUUUUGUUUAAUUAAUUAACUUAAAUUUAUUCGUGUAAUCAAUAAUAGAAUCAGUACAAAGCAUA